ACCCGCUCUCAGCUUUAUUUCAAUCUAAACGUCCAAAUUUUGUGUAUUUAGAUUUUUAUUUUUUAUUUUGGCCAAUUCUAUUUGCGAGCUCGGCUUUUUGUUUUGCACUGACAAACAGUAAAAGUUAAACAAAUUAUGAGUUUCACACGCCAACUUUCGGAAAUGAGUGCCAGUGAAUUGAAUGAUGCCAUAGACGAUACAAAUUUUCCACAGGCUCACAUCCUAUCGCGUGGGCGCAACAACAGUGUCUGUUCAACAAGUAGCACCUCGGGCACCUCCUCCCUCGCGGACCGUGUGGUACCACCCCUCGAAGAGACGGUCGCGUCGGGAACAGCAAUGGGAAUGGGAAUGGGAAUGGGAACAGGACCGGGAGCAGCUGUUACAUCGGAUGAGAUUGUUCCUACCACAAAUCGCCCAAGGCUGAUACUGAAGAGCACAACAAGCAUACCGGAAAACGAUGGUACACAACCGUUAACACCAAUGACACCACGUACAUCGGCGACGCCAGGGCAUGAGAACUGCACUUUUCAUCACGAUCUUGAGCUAGAUCACAAGCCCCCAACUAGGGAGGCUUUGUUGCCCGACAUGGCGCGAUCGUAUCGCCUGCUUUUGGGCGGAUUGGGAGAGAAUCCGGAUAGACAGGGCCUGAUCAAGACACCGGAGCGUGCGGCCAAGGCAAUGUUAUACUUCACCAAGGGCUAUGAUCAAAAUCUGGAGGAUGUAUUGAACGGAGCCGUUUUCGAUGAGGAUCACGAUGAGAUGGUCGUUGUCAAGGACAUUGAAAUGUUUUCAAUGUGCGAGCAUCACUUGGUUCCAUUCUAUGGCAAAGUGUCCAUUGGUUAUUUGCCAUGCAACAAGAUUCUGGGACUCAGCAAGCUUGCUCGCAUUGUGGAGAUUUUCUCACGUCGCUUACAAGUCCAGGAGCGCUUGACCAAGCAAAUUGCCGUCGCUGUGACACAAGCUGUGCAGCCAGCAGGAGUGGCUGUGGUCGUCGAGGGCGUACACAUGUGCAUGGUGAUGAGGGGUGUGCAGAAAAUCAAUAGCAAAACUGUCACCUCAACUAUGCUUGGCGUGUUCCGCGACGAUCCAAAAACGCGCGAGGAGUUCCUAAACCUAGUCAAUAGCAAAUAAAAAAGUUAGUUUUUGACUUGUGUAAAAAUUGUUGAAAUUUGAAAUUUUAGUUUCGUUUAGCAAAAAAAAAUUUAAAAAACGUACGAAAGCAUCGCGAUUUUUGGUGUUGGUAGCUUAAUAUUUUUAUGUUCAUUUUAAUCGCAAUUCAAGGCACAUAAUAAAUAAUAUUUUUUAUAUACAUAUAUACAUAUGUAUACAAGAAGGGAACAACUAAUGAGAUAUCAUUGCAAACCGUUUAGGGAAUUUACAAUUAAGAUACAAAUUCGAUAAAAAUAAUCUGUAUACUAAUAUAUAAAUAUACAUAUAUUAUUUUACAAAUACAUAUGAAUAUACUUAUAAAAAUUAGUAAACAAAUGGAAUCGUUCAAAUUGCAUGUUACUAUAUACGAAAGGUACACACAAUAAUAUUAUUAAAAAAAAAAGUAUGUACCUAUUUCAUUUCUGGAUCAAAAAUGAAAUUUAAAUUUUAAAGUUAAAAACGAAAGACAAAUGCUCAUCGUUAUAUAAAUGUUGUUUCUCGCACUUAGUAAAAUCUGCUUUAUGUAUACAAUAACAAUAAAAAUAAAAUAUUGUUGAAAGCA